GGCAGAGAAGAGUCUCUCCAGAUCAGAACACCAGAUGGACAACGCUAGCCCUUCCUCCCUCCCGGAGUCCCUGUGUCGUGCUUCUCCCGGUAGCGCCUCACUGCUGGGUAUAAAGAGGUUGUCUGUGCUGCUGGUGGACUGCAGGAAAACAACGGGGCUGAAUGGAACUGUGAGAGGAGGAGAAGAGAAGAAAGGAUCAGAUUUGACACAUCAAAGAGGAAAACCAAACUUCGAGGAACCAAAGAUGUCCAAACCAGCAAGACGACACCUCUGCUCCCAAUGUGGAAAGAGUUUUAACCAGUUAGGAAGCCUGAAAGCUCAUGAGCGAAUACACACAGGGGAGUUGCCUUACCACUGCUCCCAGUGUGGAACUAGGUUUACCAGAUUAGGAAGCCUGAAAAGACAUGAGAGGAUACACACAGGAGCGAAGCCACACCAUUGCGCCCAGUGUGGAAAGAGUUUUAACAAGUUAGGAAACAUGAAAUCUCAUGAGCGAAUACACACAGGGGAGAAGCCUUACCACUGCUCCCAUUGUGGAAAGAGUUUUAGAGAGUCAGGAAACCUGAACGCUCAUAAGCGAAUACACACAGGGGAAAGGCCUUACCGCUGCUCCCACUGCGGAAAGCGUUUUAACCAUUCAGGAAAGCUGAAAGAACACAUGAGACUGCACACAGGGGAGAACCCUUGCAAAUGCUCAUACUGUGGGAAGACAUAUUACUCAUCACGGUCACUUAAACGUCAUGUGAGAAUCCACACGGGAGAAUAAUUACUUCUCCUCGUGUGUAAAUUCAUGUUUCACAUCACAUUGACUUAAAAUUCAUCAGAGAACAUACACAGUGCUCCAAUUGUCUUAUAUUGUUGACUGAGAAUGUGUUUACUUGUUUAUACCAUAUGAAAUUGAAUUGUACAAAGUAGUCUUAAACAUAUAUUUGUAUGUUUUUACGAGAAAACAUGAAGUGAAUAUGGAGUCUGUCAGUUUGAAUAUAGAGUAGAUCAGAUUCCAUGUGUUUAAGUGGUCCUUUUUUAAACUCUGACUGU